CUUGGUUACAUUCAAUGCUUCCGGAAGCUCCUGGGUCCCGAAGUCGGCAUCAUAAAUACUCCUUACGAAGCCGCUCCGCCACCUCCCUUCGUACAACGGCCUACAUACUAGAAUCUAUUCUCUCCAGAUUGCAUUGUCAUUUGUAUCACUUCAGCGCAUCUCGCCAUAAUGCCUUCCCAAGUCCUCGGAUACCCGACCGGUUUCAGUACUGAGGUGACUGCCGGUCCCUCCAUUGCUGGUACAGCCGAUGAAUAUGAACUUCGCUUUGCACGCCGUGCAUUGGAAAGGAUCAAGUCUCACCUGGGCCUUGAAGCCACGGAAAAGCUCGUCCAGCCUGAUAUCGACGAAUCGAAUAGAUUUUGGCAGAGAGUGCUCGCCGAGAACACAACAGGCGAAUUUAAGCCCGCUCGUAUCGAACUUUCCGUGAAAGGCAUUACUAUGGAAGAAUUCCUUCCCUGGUUUCGCAACCGUUGCCAGCGAAACGUUUCCAACAUGCUCGCAGGUCAACCUGAGCAUUGGGUUGUUUCCGCUGAUGAACAGGGCAAUGAAAAAGUGAUCGAGAACUUGGGUCCAUGGGUCUCACGCUUUUUUAUCAAGUUCGAGGCACCAUCUCAGCCUUUCCAGCUGAACGAUAUUCGCGAAGAUUUCCCUCUCAGAAUGACCGGUUAUGGACAUACGGACGAUGGCUCGAUCAAUGGUUACGUGCUCCAUCAAUUUCGACCUCACACUGACGGCUCUGGGUUUGAUGUCAACCUUUGCAUCUACUUCCCUGCUUCGGCUCCCGAAGUUCUAUUUGAACAGCAUCGUCAGCACCUUGUUGUUGAGUUCACCAACUGGACACGUCACUGCUACCGGGAAUUAAAGGUAGAGGGGAUCCAAAUGUGAACACAAUUGUCAAGCGAAAUCUUUUCACUUGGAAAAUGUACAUGUGUGCAUUUCACUUCUAGAGCUGAAAUGUC